AAGGGUCGGGACGGGGCAGGAGGCGGAGCGGAAGCGGAGCGCGAGGGACCGGGAGAGUAGAAGCUCGCCAAGCUGGGAGCCCUUCGUCACUGAUUCCUAGCCACGGCCUUUCCCCAUCCCGACCUGGAGGCUGCUUCGCAAGCGCGGGAUCCAGCGGACGCCUGCUAAUCGGCUUUCGCUGCGCAGUCCCGGCUCGGGAGCGCCUUGGCGACGGCGACAGUGAGGAGAAACCCACAGGCAAGAGUUAAUUGAGAGUUGGAGGCAGCCUUGCUGAAGAUGAAGAAUAUACAGUAUUAGAGAUUUUUUUUUUCUUUCAAAAGUCUUGUUUUGUGGCUUGCCUCUAGUUGCCAUUUCUCAGUUGAGUCUGUUUGCUUCAUCAGAAAUGAUUUUUACAAUUUCAAGAAAAAAUAUGUCCCAGAAAUUGAGUUUACUGUUGCUUGUAUUUGGACUCAUUUGGGGACUGAUGUUACUGCACUAUACUUUUCAACAACCAAGACAUCAAAGCAGUGUGAAGUUACGGGAACAAAUACUAGAUUUAAGCAAAAGAUACGUUAAAGCCCUAGCAGAGGAAAAUAAGAACACAGUGGAUGUCGAGAAUGGUGCUUCUAUGGCAGGAUAUGCGGACCUCAAAAGAACAAUUGCUGUCCUUUUGGAUGACAUUUUACAACGCUUGGUAAAGCUGGAGAACAAAGUUGACUAUAUUGUUGUGAAUGGCUCAUCAACCAACACCACCAAUGGUACUAGUGGGAAUCUGAUGCCAGUAACCACAAAUAAAAGAAUAAAUGUAUCAGGCAGCAUUAGAUAGCAGUUGAAGAUCACCUAGUGCUGCUACAUUCACCAUGGAUUAUAUCCUAUGGCAGAGAAGCUUUUAAAUCACUGGCAAGGAUAGAGUAAUACUUUACAAUAAAAGCUCUGUGCAUUUUCAAGGAGUAUGCUGGAUUCAUGGAGUUCUAAUUCUGUAUAUAAAAUUUAAAAGUUAUUAAUGUGCUUUCAGGCAAGUCUCUUCAAUGCUGUACUGUGUCCUUAAAGGGAGUUUGGUAACAUGGUUGAUGUAGUAAGCAGGUAGGUGAUCUUUGUAUAACACUUGUGUAUGAAAUCAAGGUGAAACAAACACUGAAAGAUAUGGAUUCAUUUCUAUAUUUAUUUAACUAUAUAACAUGUUUUUCAGAUAAAUGGGGAAUAUUGUUAUUGAAUCAUUUUGUCAUUUGUUUUUAGUAGAUGUAACUGUUAGACUAAUACUGUUAGAAAAUGUGCUUACUUCCAGUACUAUAUUUUAUUACUCAGAUUAUGAGCAGAGAAAGGAAGUAUAAUGUUGAAAAUACUGUUUUGAAAUCAUGACCCAAAGAAUGUCUUCAUUUGCACUAUCCUUCAGAAUCACUGGAGGUUAAUUAUUGUAUAUUUUUAAAAAUUACAUUUGUAAGAAUAUAAUGUUGAAAUGGGUAGUAGUCACUGCCCAUAAUCUAUUCUAAACAUUGGGACAAUUAAAUAACAUUACAGUAGUAAUCUCUAAUCUCAUACAUAACGUUUUCUUACAUACAUUCUGAAGAGCAAAAGAUAUUUUUAUGAUGAGGUUAAAAAUAAGUAUUAAUCAUGUUUUUCACAUAUUUGAAUGUUAAUUUAAAAGUUUUAGCCCUUUGAUUGUCUAUACCAUGAGGAAAGCACAUUAUUUCCAUAUUUGGGUAACUUUUGCUUUUGUUAUGUUGGCAGGGAGGGGAGACUAUCAUACUUGUGAGAAAUACUUUUAAGGACUUUAGCCAGAUAAAGGUAUUUGUGCUGCAUUAAAUUGCCUAGAAAAUGUUAACAUUAUAUUAUAUAAGAGUAUCCUGCUUUCUGAAAUUUUGGAUUGGUAUAACAUGUAUUAGAUAUUCAUUUUAUAUUAUGACCUCUUAACAAUAAUUAACAUUUAAAAUAUUAUUUAAAUUAUGAAGAUUGACCGUCUUUUCAGUAAAAUAACUACUGUGUAUAGCACAAGUGAUCCUAACCUUGGGUAAUUCUAGUACAGAGCAAAGUACAGUUUUAUUUAAAUUUCCCUUAGAGCAAAUUUAAUUGCCAUAUGGUGCCCUAUAUUUCAUAGUAUUUAUUCUCUGUAAUAACUGUUAAGUGCCACUAGUGUCUAGAUUUAGACUUUAUUGAAUUUAGUUUUGGUUAUUGUUCAAAAUUACAAUAUGCUACUACAUGUAGUAGCAAUAAUUAUAAUGUUUUGUUAAAGUAAGUAUGAGAAAAUACUGUUUGAUGAAAGGUAGCUUUCCAGACUGUUUCCUCCUGUGUUCUACCUUUCUGUGAAGGAAUUAUAUACCAUUGCCAGGUGAAGUUUGGUAUAAUUGUUCAGUCUCUCUUAUUAGAUGUGGACAUUUUUGUUUUUUGUUUUUGUUUUCAGGGAUGAAAUAAAAUAUGUUAUUUGUAUUUACAAA